CGAUAAUCUGACAGAAAAAAAAUCCGUAUCACUGCGAGGUCAAAAAAAAAAAAACCCUCUGCGGCGGAGAGUAGACUACGAGGAAUGUGUAAACACUUCCGGUUGUCCUUCCUACGAAGUACCUGCUUCGUUGUGGUAAUGAGAUGACGGUAAUGCUUUGAAGCAGACAAUGGAACUGUUUUCCACUAGCUCUCAUUACAUCCUUCUGGAUGGAGAAUCUGCUCUUUGGUGUGACCGAUGCAGUGGAAAAUUGCUCCCAAAGAAAGCAGGAGACUCUCUACUCACUGCCUGGAACCCAGUAUGCAUUGGCAUUGUACAUGGUGUCAUUGGGAAAAUCAAACUACAUCCAGAGUCUGACUGGAGACUUUUACUAGUGAAGCAACGAGAGCUAGUGGGGAAACUUGGUGGUAAAGGUAUCUACAAAAUCAAGAAAAUAGCAGUGCUUCCAUUGACUACAGCUGAUCCAUUACAAGAUAUUGACUUAGAACCAUGUACCAAGCAUCAUUUUGGCAUGACUAAACCUGAACGUGCAGUAAUGAUGUCGGACAGUUCUUCAAGUUCAAUACAGAAGACUUUGAAUUCCAUCAAAACAGCUGCUGAAAAUGUCAAGUCCAAAAGGAAGGAAAAGAAAGACAAGGAAAAGUUUGAGAAGAGGAUUUAUGAGGAGCUGCUUAAGAUGUACAGUGACUCAGGUUUUUUCUACUAUAGUAACACAUUUGACCUGACCAACAGUCUUCAGCGACAGAAUCAGUCCACAGAUACUUUAACAAAACCUCUUUGGAAACGGGCAGAUGAACGCUUUUUUUGGAAUAAACAUAUGCUUGUUGACUUGAUUGAUGAUGAAAAUGAAUUGGCAAACAAUUGGAUCCUGCCAAUCAUACAAGGCUUUGUACAAAUAGAGACCUGUAUUAUGGACUUUAAUGAGGGGAGGCAAUCCAGUCCUGGGGCAACUCCAGAAUUCAACUGUACUUUUCAUCUGGAGCCUCUGUCUUACAAUAUUUGUCUGAUAUCUCGUCGAAGUCGACACCGUGCAGGAACAAGAUCUAGAAAACGUGGCAUUGAUGAGACCGGUGCAUGUGCUAAUUAUGUUGAAACAGAACAGAUUAUUGAAUUUUCACCACAUCUGGUGUCAUUUGUUCAAGUGAGAGGGUCAGUUCCUGUUUUCUGGAGUCAGUCAGGUGUGAAGUAUCGGCCACCACCACGCUUAACAAGAGGUGAGGACGAGUCGCAUGUGGCCUUCUUGAACCACUUCGGAGAACAGCUGCAGCUGUUUAGUCACGUGGUCGUGGUGUCGCUGGCGGAGCUGGCGGGUAAGGAGCAAGUGGUUGGCGACGCCUACCUCAGCCACAUCCUACGGUUCAACUCCCCACACAUCACCUACGUCACCUUCGACUUCCACGAAUACUGUCGGGGCAUGAGGUUCGAGAAUGUAUCACUCUUGACGGAUGGCAUCAAAGACAUCAUCAAAAACAUGCGAUAUUGCUGGGUGGACAACAAGGGUGUGAUCUGCGAGCAGAAUGGCGUGUUCCGAAUAAACUGUAUUGACUGUCUUGAUCGGACUAACGUGGUUCAGACCGCCAUCGCGAGAAUCGUCAUGGAGACACAGUUUCGGAAGCUUGGUCUGUUGCCUCCGGAGGAGUCGCUACCCCCGAGCUGCCGUCGAACCUACCAGCAACUGUGGGCCAACAACGGCGACGCCAUCAGCCAGCAGUACGCGGGGACAGCGGCACUGAAGGGUGACUUCACGCGCACUGGAGAACGAAAGCUGACGGGUCUGGUGAAGGAUGGAAUGAACUCGGCCAACAGGUAUUACCAGCGUUUCCGGGAUGCUUAUCGGCAGGCGGCGAUCGACCUGACCCUUGGUCAGCCGACAGCAGAGGACGAGGGCGGCGAUGACACGCCGGAUGGGGAGGAGCAGCUGGAAGGGGAGGAGAACCUACGACAACUGAUUGAAGACUGCAAGCGCAUGUUGAUCGUGGAACCUGAGCAGUGUCUGGGCGGCUGGGGCGUCAUAAACGCCGACACAGUGACAGGAGAUGCAUAUCGUCAGGAGAUGGAUGUCAUCCUCCUACUUAGUCAGCGAUCCGUCUAUGUCGCCUGGUAUGAUGAUGAAGAGGAACAGAUUGUGCGCUAUCAGUGUAUUUUCUUGGAAGAUGUGGAGAAGCUGGAAAUUGGUGCUGAACCUGCUGUCUUCAAAUCACGGUUUUUGUGCCUUCGGAUUCACUAUCACCAUUUAGCGGAAGAUGGCUUUUUCCACACAUUCCGCACUCCCAGCAUUCGUCUUUUUAACAAUCUUGCUGUUGCUGUUAAAAAUCAAGAUGAUGCCAGAGAAUCACUGAGAGCUAUUGCACAGACCUUUGUUGCUGCUCAGAGGAUCUUGUCCAUUGAGCUGCCAGUGCUAGAGAAACAGAAAUUAGACAGGAGGAAGAGCAAGCCACACCCUGAUGUGGUGGACGUGCAUCAGCAACAGCAGGAAAACUCCCUGGCUAGCAUCCACCUCCCCCGGGAUAUCUCCACAGAAGUCCGAUCUGACCAAGAAGCCAGUGACGGUCAAGGGUCACAGGGCAGUUUUCACCACACCAUCCACCCUUCACCUCAAGAAGGUUUGAAUUCAGUAGCCUCAUAUCAGCAUCAACAACAUAGUUUGCCUAUGAUUUCUCCACAAAGAGCAGCAGCAAGUGCUUUAGGAAUUUUGUCACAGCUGUCGGCACGUACAUCUUCCAAAACACUCAAGCUUCUGAAGCCAAGUAUACGUGUCAGUUUGUCUAGUUUUAUCCCAGGCAGGCAAUCUAGACAACAAGAGCUUGAGAGCAUAAGCACAGAAAGAGUGAUUAUUCCUGACAGUAAAAUUGAUCACAUGCCUUCUCCAAGUAUUGCUGAUAAAGAGAUGAAUAAGGAGCCAGAAGAGCAAGGUAAGCAGCCUGAAAAGGCAGUGAGGCUUCUAUCUAGUGGAAGCGAUGACCCAACAAAGAUGAGAAGGACAGUGAAAGUCAGACUGCAAAGUCUGGAUGAAAGGUUGGACGACAGCCUGACAGCUGGAGAACAAACCACUGAUGGCACAAUGGAGCGGGAAGUUUUGGUUGAAUUCAAGAAAAACUGGCAAGAAGUGAAUCUUGAAAGCUGUGGUAUCCUAGCAACCAGUCCCACCCAGCUGCUUUUCUCAUCAGUUAAAUGGGCAGCUCCAGAAAUAAGUUUGCCCAUGUCACUGGAUGAAGACACCCUUUCUGCUGUUAAGACAACUGACAGGUACCAGCUUCCAAAUUUUGAAAGCCUAAGUCAUUCAAUUUCUGAGGCCCAGCUGACAACGUUAACACCAGCGCCUGCUAGUUCUUCAAAUAAAGGGGAUAUAGUUGGAGCUUCAGGAAACCUGACAAGGUCUAAAGAGAUGGGUAAGGUGAAAUCAACAGAACAAAAUGUAAAGGAGCAACUUUGCAUAGAAUGGAGGAUAAAUGGAAGUUCAGAAAGCAAAGGGCGUGCAAUUGGGCCAAAGCAAAAAUCCUGCAGUGCUGAAGACAUCCCACGAAUAGCUGUCUCUGAGCGUAUCUGUGAUAUUGAGGAUGAAACAUAUUGUGUUCUUGAUGAGAAGGAUGUUCAGGCCAUCUUGAGCAAUACAGAUUCCCAUAUGAAAACCUCUCGAAGUGAUAAUGCUUUACAGGAAGAGGCCAAUUCUGUAACUGCUAACCAAGGUGAGAUCAGCACUUUCUCUCGUCUGCGUCUUAAGAUGUCGUCCUUAACUGUUCCUCGUCCAGUUUCAAACAAAACUCCUUUCACAGUUAGCAAAAGCCACAUCAGAAAAUCCCAGCGAGCCAUGGAGGUGUUUGAGCGACUUGUAAGAGAAAAACUUGGAAACAGUGAGUGUCAGUCUCGUAUUAUCUUUAUAUGAUUCCUCCUGACUUCCAUAAAAAUAGAUGCAAGACUUAGCAUUUUCCUGUAGCUUCCAAAUGUAAAGUGGAGGCUUUAAAGAUUAAAAAGUUUAAAAGGCUCUGCAAGGAGUAUUUAUGUUAUUCUGUGAGUUCACACUAGAGACAGACACUAGUGGUUUGUCAUGUGGUUGAUGAUGAGUUAGAUUUUUUUUUACUAGUGUUGCUAGGUUGUGGAAACUUAGCCUGCCUUCUAGUGUGUCAUUUCACAAACAUUUGGGGAGUAGACCCAAUUUUAUCCCUCCUUCUACCCAGAAAAGUGGGUUGCUUGAGUAUAUAUUAGGUUUCAUCAGUAGAGGCAUGGACAUGCUUUCGCAUACAUUUUGACUUUAUGAACAGUGUCAUGCUGACACACUUAGACACACAUGCUUUUUGCCCCCUGCCUAUGAUGUAUUCAGGCACAUGGUGUCUUAUGUGUUAGCAAAUAUUUUAGCAGGUGGCUAUUUGCUUGCACUAGAUAAGUUGUUUGAAAACAAAGUAACAGUUAACAAAAUUCAAAUAUUUUCUCCAUUAUUAUUUUAAUUUAAAAACAGAGUAAACUAAGCCUGCCUGAUAUUUUGUGUAAAUUAUUGGGUCAUCAUCUCUAUGUAGUCCAUUGUAAAUGUUUAUUUGUUGUUUAUAAUGUAUUUGUCAUAUGAUAUGAAUCUUGGGAAUUUUUAGGGUCAUAUGGAACACUUUUUAGCUUACGCUUACAGUUUUUAGUUCUUUGCUGAUACAUUUUUGAUAUGACAAUAGUCAAACGAUUUUUUUUAACAAUUUGCGUUUACUGUUCAUUUUCAUUGCUGUUUCAUGUAAAACACUUGUAAUUUCUUUAAAAAUGAAUUCAUUGUCAUUUUUGAAAUGAAUUUAUCAUUUGUGCUACAUUUUUUUACUGAGAGCAUAUCAUAGGAGUUCUAUAUAUCUUCCAGGCAUUUUCUUCCCGGGGAUUUUUUCUGAUAUUUUUAUCAGACUGCAAUAGAAUAAAGUUUUGACACCUUCAUUAUCUCAUUACCUAAAACAAAUAUUCAACAAACAAUCAUGAAUGUAAAGAGUAGCAGUAUCAUCAUGGCUUGUUUUGUGCACACACACACACAAAUGGUGUAUGCUCUUAGAAGGUUCGUUUCUGUCUUUUUAAAAGUUUUAAGAAGGAAUCUUUUAACAUGUAUUUCGGUCUAAGAGACUUAGUAGAACACUUGUAUUACAGUACAACAAUUUCACACAAAUUUAUUUACAACUUAUUUUGCUUUGUAUAAAUGUUCAGGUUGGUGUGUGUUGGUUAUUUACAUCACGCAGUGAAAAAUAAAUUAUGAAACUGCACAGUAAGAUUUUUCUGUUGGAUACUGAAAUUAUUUUUUACUGUAAUUAUAGAUUGACGGACAUUUUGGGUUUGCUUUAUUCUGUAGUUGGCUUGUUAGAAUGUUUUAGCAGUAUUAGUGAUGAUUUAUUUUGUUUGGUGUGCCAUUUGUGGGAACAGUAUUUUCUGGUUUCUUUUAUGUUUUAACUUCAACAAUCAGCACCAGUGCAUUCUAAUUUAGUUAACUAGUUUAUGAUGGCAGGGUUACUAAUUUACCAUCAACUUUAUGAUGAAGUUACUUCAUGACCACCAUUAAUGUCAAGUUCUAUUUGCAAUAGAUAUUUUCUGGCUGAAUGUUGUUGUAUGCCACAAGUCGUGUUUACGUCAUACAUACUUUGUGUUACAAGGUGUUUGACAAGUUUUUUCAUUGCAUUACAAGAUAUGAAAAAUAACAGCAGAGACACGUGACUUUCAGUGGACAACUGCUGUUAAUUUAUUCUUAAUAGCUGAGGUUCGUAUGUUCUCAUAAUUAAUAAAUUAAAAAAUUACAACCAGAACAACUCAAGGCUAUUGUAGAUUUAUCUGUCAAGUUUUAAAAUAUAUUUUUCUAUUUAUUUGAGCAUUUAAUUUCAUCAGCUCAUUAAUUAAAGAACAUGGGAUGCUGUUCUCGUUACACAAUCUUUUUGUAAAUAUUUUACAGCAUAAUUUGGAUUGAAAUGAGUUUUUAUUGGCAAAAUAGCUCAAGAUUAAAAAAUAGUAAGAAGACCUCAUAUUUACUUACUCCUUUGCAAAGUGCAAAAGCGGCCUUGUUGAAGGGUCAUAAAUAACAUUUUGUGUUCACUGGAUAAGGGACAGGUUUCAGUACCUUAUUAGACCAGUCAGCAGCCUUUAUCAUGAUUGGUGUGAUUGAACAUUCAGUCAUACGUAGCUAUCUCAGUUCUGUUUAUGGUAUUUUGGGUUCUUCCCUAAUGUGGUUUGAUUCUUAUCCUUGGUGUAGGACCCAGGCAGUACCAGUUGAUGGACAGCUUUCAGUAGGCACUCCUUUGACCUUUGGAGCCCUUCAGGAAACAGCAUUAUCUAUGGUUUUGUUUAUUUUGUGCACAAAGCCUUAAUCUCUUUCGGUUCUCUCUUAUUCCAUUUCCAGUUCAAGCUUUGCUGGUGACACUCUAUUCUACACUUUUUUCUCACCUCAAAUAGCACACACUGCUUUUCAGAAUUAAGAAUCAUGUAUCUUUGAAGUUAUACCUUUGAUAGUUGUAAACAAACUCAGACUUGAUGAUAAUAAUGCUUAAGCUUUACUGAUUCACAAAAGAGUCAGUUGCGCUACCUCUGUACCUGGAUCCAAAAGACUGGGCUUGAAGGAUUUUUUUUUUCAGCCAUGUUUGCCCAUUCAGCAUAAACUUGUUUCCCUCGCUUAUGGGAUUUUGUCAUCAGCAUACAAUAAAUUCCUUUUAGCAUGGUCUUAAAACACUUGUUCAAGAAACCUAUGGCGUUUUAGACCACAAGUGUCAGUCGCCAUAUUGUUUCAUAUCAUCCACAACUUUUUUAUCAUUUGUUGUACAAUACCAUUCCUUUUGUUCAUGUACAGGUACUUGAUUAGCACUUAGAGCACUAUUUAAAUAUACAUUUAUUAUUGAGUACUAUUCUCUCUUUUUCACUCACUCGUACACAUGCACAUGGUGACCUAAGAAAUGUACACACAUCAUAGCCUAAGACCAUAAUUAGUUGGUUGAUUACAGGAAGUAUCUUGUAAUCAUUUUACACCAUGGAGAUGGGAUGAUGAAAGGGAGGAAAUUCUCAACAGGGCGGCCAUGACCACAAGGGACAUAGUUUGCUUCCCCCACCCUCUUUCUAAUUCAUGUCCUAUUCUGUUUCUGUAAAGAUCCACCAGGCACAAUUUUUUUUUCUCCAAAUUGAUGUGGUUUUGGUAUGACAGAUGCUUAUUCUCAAAUCUGAGUACUUAAGGGUUUACUGCUUGUGAGAAGCAGCCCUUUUAGCAUCAGUAUUCUCAUUUGACACAUAGAGAUCAAAUCCAAUAAUUGGUGGCCUGAAAGAACUCUCCCGAUAGGACAUGCCUAUCCUUACGUAAAAUUGCACUUUAAAGCUAGGACUUGUAUCUAAAAAUGGACUGAGUUAUUUGCUCCAAUUUGUAAAACUAAUGGAGCUUAAGUAAACUCAUUCAUGCAGGUAAAAACAAAUGUGCACUCAGGUAGUUUUUUGAUCUGUUGGGUGAAUCUGUUCCACUUUGUAUGCAUGUCAUGGCCAAAAGCUGGCAAUCUUGGUAACAAUAGCAUGCCAUAAAUGGGUUUUCUGCAGGAUAAAUAGAAACACAUAUCUCCCUAUUGCUUAAAGGUGGUCUCCAUGACACAUAAUCCAGACCACGUCUACUAAAGGCUUAUUAAUUUCUUACAAAUAAAAUACACAAGGAGAAGCCGUCAUUCUUGUCUGAUGACUUUCAGGGCUGCAAUACAUCUCUCAAUUAUCAAUGGAUCCAGUCUAUACUUUUUAAAAAUCUUUUUCUUUCUUCACUUAUUUGUCAUUGGGUCUAAAAUAAAAGGAUGGGUGCCAAGCAUUUAUGUGAAGCUAGUGAAGAUCACAAACUGCUUUAACCAGAGCAAGUUUAUUAGGGUUAAAGAAAGAAAAUGCCUAAUCACUGAGAUUAAAUAAUGAUUCUGAUUAUUUAUGAACUCGCACACUUUCUUGUUCACAUUCAUUGUUUGUAUUAUAAGGCACACCUCCAAGUGCAGAGAUUCAUGCUGAUUGUUACUCAAGAUAAUGUGUAAUCCUUCAGACAUGCUAAUGAAGCACAUCCACAAAAAGCCAGUCUGACUGUUCUAUUUAGUAUAGUACAUAAAAGUACUGAUGAAUUUAAGCAUAAAUUUAUUAGCAGUUUCACUUAAUAGUUUUAAUCCUUUCAGUUUUAUAUAUUUAUAUAUUUUUCAUAUUUUAUAAUCACAGUUCAUGGAAAAUGAUGAGUCCUGAUUUUGAAAGAUCAACCAAAAUACAUUUUGUUAGAUGUCUGGGUUUAUUUAAUUAGAUGAUAUAAAUCUGAGUUAAUACUCCACCCCUAUCUAUUCACAAGAUACAGGCCUUUAAAGCAUCAACAUUCCCACCAGCCCAUGCAAAGAGAUCAAACUGUGACAUUAUGAUAUAUGCAGUAUCAGGGCUGCAGUUAUUGAGCGAAUGAGAACAAGAAGCACAGGUCAAUUGUUUAUAUCAUUGUCCGAAGGUAACCUUUGAAAUUUUUAUGUCAGUUUUCCUCCCUUCUCUGGGAUGUGCUGUAUGAUCCAAUCUUGGAUGUUGUCUGCCUCAUGUAUUGUUUUCUCUAGGAACAUCUUUGUAAGUCCUGGUAAUCUCUCCACAGUGAACAGGAGGUUAUUAUAGACCCAUUUCUUUCCUUUAUUUACCUUCAUACUUUGUUGUCAUUGGUUAUUAUCUAGAUCCAAAAGAUCCUCCUGUAGAAUCUCAUCUCCUUGUUUUCACCUUUGCAAGUCUACUGUUAGGGUCCAAGUCUCAUGCAUAUAAGAAGAUGGAGGUGACCAAGAAGUGCAAUAGCCUGAUUUUGGAGUGGAGGGAGGUGUUGUCAUUUCCAGAUAUGUUUCAGUUUGAUGAGUGUUGCAAACUGCUCAUUAAUGAUUGUCUUGCCAUCAAUGUUUACAUAAUCUUUGUGUUCUUUAAAGGCAUCUGCUGCAAUUCUUUGAAGAUGUUGCAGAAUGUAAGAGAAGAGUAUAUGGUCUUGUCCAACUCCAACAGUUGCUCUGAAACAGUCGCCUCUACAGCAAAUAAAGAGGACUGCACCAAUAGUCUUUUUAUAUUCGUUUUAAUGAAAAAAAUAAAUGUCAUCAAAUUGCAACUUGAAUUAGCUGAAGCUGCAGGCAGCUAGCCAAAAUGGCUGGCCAUACCAGUUACAAGGAAUUAAGAACCAUGAAGCAUCAGUUAAAGAGUCUCACCACUCCUUUUCUCAUCAAUGAGGCUUAAGUGAUUUUUAAAAUUAAAUUUGCAUAUAGCCAGUGUAGACUGACAAAGCAACAAUAUUUUGUACUGUUCUGUAACAGCACUCAUAGUAGUAGAAGUCCUGUCACUUCUCCUGUUUUGCUGAGUACCAAAGUUAAAAAAAGACUGAAAAAAAUGAACAGAAAGCUACUGUAGAAUCUCUUUACUAAGCUUCCUUUAGAAAGAAGCCCUGAUGCUAUGAGUAGAUUGUGGAGAUGGGUAUAGAUGCUUAUUCAGGAAAGAUCAUCUUUAACAUCUAUCUUUGAUGGACACUGGACAAUAUUGGGUAAUGAUGCACUUUUUGUGAAUGAAAACUGAAACUGUACCAGUCAUGACCUAUGUUUGCCAGGAGACAAAACAAGAAACUGAAAUAUUUCAAACAGAUUUUAAUUUUUUUUAUUCAUUGUGCUUAAAAUCAUUUACUGAGAUCAUCUGCACUGUGUUUUCACAUUGAUGUUUUGGUGUGAUCAUGAUGUUAGGCUAUACAUGUCAUAUAGAAUUCUUCUAAUAAUGAACAAAAUUAUUAGAGGAUUUAUUGCAAUAUUUGCCAUCUGAUGCUAUGUGAGAAAGUAUCUGUGUAUAUUGCACCUGUUGCCAUGUCUUUGUAGAUGUUUUAAGUCUGUUCAGGUUCUGCUGGAACAGAUUGGACUUGUGUUAAGUAUUGUUUAAAAAUUUUUGAUGUAUAAAUUUUGUAAAUUUGAUUAAGAUGUUUCCUUCUCCAUGAUGUUCCUGCCUUAUUCCUAUUUAAUUUUUGUUGAAAAUUCUGCCCUUGCACAUGGCAGCAGUGUUGCAAUAUACCCCAGGUUGCCGACAGUAAAGAUGUCUUUUAUUUGUGUUUUAAAUGAGUUUACUUUUUUUGUGUGAUUUUUACAAAGAAAAAAUUUCAUCUAAUUUAGAGGAUGAGGAAAUGGAUUUGUAUUGCUUAUAUUUGUCAAUGCAACCGAUAGUUCAAGAUGAACAUUUGAUCUUGCCAAGUUGUGCAGCAUGCAUUAUUAAAGAUGUUUCCCUUGCUGUUCAGCUGUGCUGAUGGCCACACUAAUAUAUAUGUAUAUAGGGAAUAUUUUGGGCCUUAUUACAUUUAAUUAAAAUUUUUAGACACAUUAUUUGUCUCACUUGUAAAAUUAUUUGUAACUUGUCUUAAGGUUAAACAGCCUGCUAGAUUUUGGUUGUAACUAAUCCAGUCCACCAUUUAAAAACAUGCAGGCUGUAUCCUUUCUCCACCUCAUUCUGUUUCUUAUCUAAAUACAUAUAUGUGAGUGUGUAUAUAGAAACACACACCAGACCUGUAUUUAUUGUUGUCUGUUUUUGAAUGAAGUCUUGACCUGGUGCUGGUCUUCUCUGCAGUCAUUUGCACACUUCACAAAGUGCUGCUCAAUUAUUUACAGACAUAUGCUUGGACAUAAACAGAGACUUGAUGUUACUACAGAUUUUCUUUUGGAUUGGGGGCUGUCCAGUGGUACAACAGUUAUAGUUUAUUACCAAUACUGUGAGGCUUGUAUUUUUUUUUAAAGGGUGAAGAUCUCAUUACAGGCACAUGGAUCUUUUUCUAUAUGUGCUCACUCAUGAUGCAGCAGCCUUAGUUGUUGGCUUAGAAUAAAACAAGAAUAGAUCUGUCAGAUUUUAUCACCAUGAUAUAGCAUCCAUUGCUUCCGCAACAUUUCAACAUCAAAUAACCAGUCUUCUCUUUUUUACUGAAAAAAAAAAAGUGACAAGGUCUGCUCCUAGGGUUAAUGUCUUUACAGUAAUUCUUUCCAUUCAGAAAAUUGAGCGUUUUUUAAAUUUCUUCACAAUCCUUAUGAAGUUAUUCUGCAAUCCCUGUUGAGUUUAUUUAUGUUUCAAUAAGAAUGCUUAAUAUUUAAUGAGAUCUGAGAGGAUUUGUAAUUUGAACAACAUUCAUUUGAAUCUCAGAAGUCUUCAUGAUGUCCUCCCAAUCUGAAGAUCUGCAUGCAGCAUAGUUUGAGUUUAUCACAGAUUGUGGAAGACCCCAGGCCUGUGACCAGUAGAGAAGCUCAUAGAAAAUAAGCUAGGAAAAACUGCUAUUUAAAUUUUACACAGUCUUGCCUAGAAGAGGGGUUAAGGAGACACCAUUAUUAUUACCCUUUUUCUGUAUCUUGAGACUGUUUCAUACAAAUGCACAAAGACUGUCACAAAUGCUAAAAACUGACAGGUACGCUUUGUAGCAUUAUGCAAUAUUGAUAUCAUCCCAUAAUGUGGAAUUUUAGGCAUUCACUGUGAUGGAUAGGAAUUUAAAGAUCAGAACAUGAAUUUAGAAUAAUUUUCCCCAUUUGUAAAUCCUGAAACAAUUUUUUAAUCAUUUUUUUUUUUCAGUAUACCAGCAGAUUAUUUAAUUAGGUGUAUAUGUGUAGUUGCAUAAACAUAUAUACAUAUAAUGUAGCAAGGAGAUAUAAAUUAUUCAUGGACAUUUUGAUGAAUCCAUGUUGUUUCUUUGUAAUCAGUUUUGAAGAUUGUUAAAUGAGGUUUCCCUUGACAAAUGGAUCAGAAAAUGUCUUGUUCGCCAGAUUUGUCCCAAUUCUUUCUGUUUAAGGAAACAAAGUCCUCUUUUUGUAAGAUCUCUCAGAGGAUAACAAAUGAGAAAUAUUUCAUUGAAACAGCAACCAAAAAUAGAAGCUUUUGAUCAUUCCUGUCAAAAGUAGUGUUGGAUCUUUUGAUUAUUAACAGUUCUAUGGUUAAAUUGUUAAUAGCUGAAUUACCCUUGUUGCACUCUUGGAUUUUUGUAAUAUUGUUAUACAGAUGUAGCAUUAUAAAUGUUUCAUGCUGAACAUUUAAGGAUGUUGUGCUAUAUAUGCAGAAGUUUGGGAAACAAGUAUUGUGUAUUGUUGCAAACAAAUAGAUACAGAAAAUAAUGUGAUAAUAAAUCAGUCUAGGAAUUUAAAGAAUAAAAAAGCUUACCAGCAA